ACUUAAGCUAUAUAUAUACUGCCAAUGUUUUCCACCACUCUAUACUCUCUUUUUUAUCUCUUCCUAUUCUGCAUACCAUGGAUGUGACAAGUAUUACACAGGAGUUCCUGUGCCCAAUUGCCCCGGCACGCAUGUUCAAGGCUUUGAUCAUAGACUCUAAAAAUUUGAUACCAAGGCUGUUGCCCCAGUUCAUAGCAAGCGUUGAUGUAACUCAAGGAGAUGGGGGAGCAGGAAGCAUUGAACAAGUCAACUUCACAGAAGCCAGCCAUUUCAGAUACGUGAAGCACCGAAUCGAUGAACUUGACCAAGAUAAUUUUGUGUGCAAGUACACCAUGAUUGAAGGGGAUGCAUUAGGUGACAAGCUUGACUCGAUUGCUUAUGAGGUCAAGUUUGAGGCAGCCAGUGAUGGGAGCUCAAUCUGCAAGAUGACAAGUAAAUACAACACCAUAGGGGAGUUUGAGGUCAAAGAAGAGGAAAUCAUAUCAGGAAAGAACAGUGCUAUGGGGAUAUACAAAGUUGUGGAAGCCUACCUCUUGAGUGCUAUGGGGAUAUAUAGUUACAACUGUUUACUCCUAUAUAUACAUAAACAACAUAUACUGCUGCGAAUUCAUUGUUUAGGAACCUUGUGAACCCUUCAUCAAGGGUUGCCAUUAUAAUUAAUAAAACAAGAAUAUUGUAAUUUGUAAGACAAAGUUCCAAAUAUUAGUGGACUUGUUGAGUUUUGUGACCAUAUUUUUGAAGUAUAGAAUCCAUCUGUGAACACUAAUCACAGAUGGAAAUUCAUCAGCCAACAAUACCAUACCACCAGACAAGAAUAUCAUUAGCAGAAGCAAAGCAUACCCACCAGCCUGUAUAUUCCUUACGU